ACGAUGUUCGUCAUCUCCUGCAUACACCUCCUCCUCUCCUCAAGAGACGUCGUCAGACUCCAGCAGAUGAAUCUGAAAUUGAUCAUGAACGUUAUCUUGAUCUUCUACAACCUCAAUCUGAUGAUUUAUUAUCCCUUCAACAAGGUUUGUUCAUUAUUCCCUAAAUUACCUUCUCCUGAAUAUUAUUCUUUAUUUUUUUGAAUAUGAUUAUUCAUUUGUUUAUUGUGGUUUGCGAUUCCUCUUGCAAAUUAGAUUAAAUUGUAUUCCCUUUUGAAGAAAUUGGCUUCUUUUCUCUAGGGUUUAAUUUGUGGACAAAUAUUGAUGUGGAACCAUUUUAUGUGAGGCUAUAGAAAAUAGAGAUUUUAUGGUUAUCCGUUUCUAUGACUGCAAACAAUUAAGUAAUAGAUGUUCUGUUGGUGUCUUGAGCGGAGGCCGGAACAUGAAGAGCAAACGCUAUAGGAUUUUAACUACUCCUCAAUUGACAAUCAUCCGGAAAACCACAGCUAGAGUAUGUCUUGGGCGUUUGUAAUCUGACAGAAAAUGAGUUCUGCUGUAAUCGGGACUUCAGGGUUGAAGUUUUCGGAACCAUGUUAGCUAAAAAGUUCAAAGUAUGGGAGGAUUAGGAAGUGUAGGCUUUUGAUUCUGUUAUUUAUUGUUUUUGCAAUAACUGUUAAAGCUGCAGGAAGGAUAUCUAGUUUGCAACAUUUGCAUCUCUCACUGGGACAAGUAAGAAUCUUUUCACUUAACUUGACUCUUUUCCCUUACAUCUAAGGUGAAGUUUUAAUAACCCAUUCCACAUUCUUUGUUAAGUUAGAACUAGCUGAAGUUUGUUUAAAUUUCUCUUUCUUUCUUGGCACAGAAUCGAACAGUGGGGAAGGGCAAGGAGCUGGAGGUACUUACAGUGCUGUUGGAUUUUCAUAUGGAAACUCUGAUGUUUCUGCGGACCAAAAGAACUCCAAUAGCGUGGUGGGAGAUUAUGGUUUUCGUCCACCUUUUCCAGUGCCAGAAAACCUACUUCAAAGCCUAUUUCAGACGCACGGAGCAGGGAUGGAAUUCGUACGACUUAAGUUUGCCAUUCAUGGGUACCUUGUUUUCUUUUGAUGUAUCAUGACCAAGGGUUCGUGCAGGUGGGAUUGCAGUCAUAUCGGAACAUAUAAUCAUCAGAACCAGUAUAUAGCAAAUGGAAGGAAACAGAAAUAUGUUUCUUCAUUAUGAUUAUUAAACUAUAUUAUUAUCCCAUGCCUCCUACAGAAAAAUUACACCAGAUCAUGGCAAGGACUGCGCUUUUUGUCAGCAAACAUGGAGGACAAUCAGAAAUUGUCUUGAGAGUGAAACAGGGUGAUAAUCCAACAUUUGGGUUCUUAAUGCCUGAUCAUCAACUCCAUGCAUACUUCAGAUUCCUUGUUGAUCACCCAGAAAUUCUGAAGUCUGAAGUGGAUAGCAAACCACAAGAUGAAGAUAAGAAGACUGAGCAGAAUCAUAUAGCCGAUAUAUCUGGCGGGGCAUUAUCCUUGCUUGGGUCUGUGUAUGAAUCAGGGGAAGAGGAGGAUGAUGAUUCACUUCAGGAUGCCGAUAAAUCUGCUGAUUCUUCCGUUGUUAGAGGCUCAACUCAUUCUCACGUAUCAGAACGAGUGGAAGAUUCACCAAAUCUGGCUGGUAAAGAUGUCGGAGCUAAUGACCGUCCCUUUCCUUCGGUGAAAGAAGCAGCUCUUUCUUCCAAAAAAAAUCGUUCCCUGAGUUUAGUUCCUGGUGGUAAGAAAAUGGAUGGUGGUGCACCGGGUUCAAGUUCUACUACUUUGGAAAAACCGGUCACUGCGAAGAUCAAACCUGUGAUUGUGGACCCUCCAUCUGAUAUGAAGAGAACAAUGGAUAAACUAAUCGAGUUCAUUGUAAAGAAUGGGAAAGAAUUUGAAGCAGUACUGAUAGAGCAAGAUGCUAAAAAUGGGAGAUUUCCAUUUCUUCUGCCGUCCAACCUUUAUCACCCAUAUUACCUAAACAUUCUUCAAGAAGCUCAGGAGUUAAAACAAUCUGGAAAAAUCUCUUCUAAUCAUCAAAAGAUAGAUUCAAGUGCACAAGAUGGUGGUAAGAAAGCUGCUCUCUCCAAAAAGAAUGAUAUCGGUUCUUCAAAUCAUGAUCUACCAUAUGACUCUGAGAAGAAAGAAAAGUUUAAGAUGGUAAUCAGUGGUCGAAAGAAGGAUGUUCAGGAUCCCCCUCCCAAACCUGCACAAGAACAGCUUGAAGUGACGAUAGAUGGAGAAGCUGCUGCAGCUAUUCUUCAGGUAGCUACAAGAGGCGUGAGGAAUCCAAGACUAGAUAUGUUUCCUAAGAAAUCAUUAGAUGAUUCCAGUUCCCCCCUUAGCGGUGAUGUUGAACCCAACUCAAGCUUCGGUAAUUUUUCAUUUUCUUCUCGAGCUCGGAGUUCCACUCCAAACCCUGUGUCUGAUGCACGGAGACCCAGUACUUCACUACCUGUUGAUUUGCUGAGAUCUCAGUCAGGAAGGAGUGGGGAGAAAACCACUUUUGUUUCAGUUGCCACUGAAGCAGAUUCUUCUGAAGCGUGCUUAACUAAAGAGCAAAAGCAGAAAGCAGAGAGACUGAAGCGGGCGAAGAUGUUUGCGGCUAUGAUUAAGGGUGGUGCAGCACCACGUUUAUCUGCAGAACCACCUGAUUCUGUGAAUUCAGGUUUGCAGGGUUCUGGAAUUAAGGCUUCUUCAUUUGAUGGACCUUCUCAAAGUGUUGACAGUGCGGAUAUUUUGGUCACAGAGGAGCUGGUGAGCAGAGAAAGAGAAGGAAGUUCAAUACCCGCUGAUGGUGAUGCCGUUGGGGAUAUAGACAAGUUCAAGAGGUAUGAUCGUAGUGAUGAUUAUAAAGAAAAACAAUUAAGAAAGAAGCACCACUAUAGAUCUAGAAGGCUGGAUGAAGACGACAAGGAUGACGAUGAUGAAAGAGAACAUAAACAUUCGAGGAAGAAGCACCGUUCUUCUCGUCAUUCUUCACACCGUGAUAGAGAUGAGCACGGUCAUAGAAAAAGACAUUCUUCUUCUAAAGAUAGGGAAUCUCGGCAUAGACAGAAGCAUCACAGUUCUUCUGAAGAUGAGCAGCGGCACCGAAAGAGGUCCCACAGGCACAGAAGGGAAUCCCACUCGGAAAGAAAGGGAGACUAUGAGGAAGGGGAAAUCAGUAACGGUGAUAGUGCUAAAAGAGAUGCUUACACAGAUCUAUUACAAGACCGUGUCGAAAAAUCUUCUCCGUUAGUAGUGAAUGCCCAGCCUUCUGAAACAACAGAAAUUCCUAAUGAUCUCAGAGCAAAAGUUCGAGCCAUGUUGCUCGCUAUCCAGUGAGAUCAAUGUAUGAUUGUUUUAAUAUUCUUUUGAUUGUUGUAAAAACUGUGACUAGUAAGAGGACCCAUGCUGACAUGAGUGUAAAUUUUUGAUGGGGGUGUGAGGGACGAGUAGGGAGCUGCCAUUUGUCAACCCAGUUAAUGGUUUCUAACCAAUUAAAAUCUUCGUUAUUUGGGGGAUGGGUAAAUACGGUGUACACUAAUUAUCUCCUCAAUUUGCGCUUCUGCA